AACUUUUAUCAGGAAACACAACGGGAGGGGACGAGGAGAAUGUGAUGUAGAAAACUGACAUCUGGAGGAAAAGAUUAUGGUCUGAGGAAGACAGAUAGAGCUCACAUGACUAUAAGACGUCUUAGAGGAGUACGAGUCUGACAGACGACAGCACAAACAGUCUUUCAUCAUGAGAGCCAUCAUCGGCAUCCUCCUCUUCCUCAUGAUGCAGAGGUGUGUUGUCACGGGCAGCGGUUGCCAAAGCGACAGAAAUAAGGACCACCGGCCACGUGUAAGCUGCGUGAAUCAGGGGCUGACGGCCGUUCCCGGAGGGAUCGACCCACUCACACAAGUUCUGGUGCUCACAGAAAACCGCUUCAGUUCAGUCUCGUGGUCUGAUUAUUCUCCAUUCCUUCACCUGUAUGAGUUAGAUCUGAGCCACAAUCAGAUCACGGUGCUGGAACCACCAGGUCCAGUCUUGGAGAACUUGGGUGUUUUGCGUUUGUCAGGAAACAGGUUGACUGGUUUGGGUGGAGAGGUGUUUCGUUGCGCUCCCAAUUUGAUGCAGAUUUACUUGGAUGGAAAUCGGAUUCGCUCUCUUCAUGAUGCCACCUUCAGCUAUUUGCAGCGUCUGGAGAUCAUUAACCUUUCUCAAAAUGAGCUUCCUGCCCUUCCACCUCGUCUCCUGGAGCGGGUCUCUUCCAGCACCUUAAAAAGAUUUGACUUGGAGAACAACAGCGUCUCGCUGAUGCCCGAUGGGUUUUUCUCCUCUAAACCCGAGCUGCCGUAUGUUUACUUGUCUUAUAAUCCUUGGCUGUGCAGCUGUGCUGUAGGAUACCUCCACAGCUACCUGAAUGACCAGGACUAUAACGUCUACAAACACGAAGGUCCCGAUGAAUUCGUUCCUGGUACUGAUACCGUACUAUGUGCUGGGCCGCCUCACCUGAACGGACGAAAGAUUAUUAAACUAGAGAAGAAUGACUUCUGCCCACCAGAGCCAACAGAUCCACCUCCCUUCUACCCCAUGGGAGACCAGGAUUUUAAAGCAGCUGAUAUUAUUAUCACAACCCCUCAUGUACCAUCCACUCCGCUCAACACAACCUUGCCUGCUCCAAUCUACGCAACCUGGCCCGCUCCACUCAAAACAACCUCAUUCACUCAUUCCCUUGACACAACCUUGUCCGCUCCACUUGACACGACCUCGUCCGCUCCACCUGACACGACCUCGUCCACUCCGCUUGACACGACCUCAUCCGCUCUGCUUGAAAUGACCUCAUCUGCUCCACCUGACACGACCUCGUCCCCUCCACUUUACACAAACUCGUCCGCUCCGCUUGACACGACCUCGUCUGCUCCGCUUGUCAGUGACGUCCCGCUUGACACAACCUCGUCUGCUCCACUCAUCUGGACCGUUCCAUCCGUCAGGACUGUUCCGCCUGACACGACCUCGCCUAUGCUACUUGAGUCCUGGACCUAUACCUGGUAUGAUUUCUGGACAGAUUGGCUUUUGUCUACAGUGACUACAGCAGAGUUUAGUUCAUUAACUGAAGUUAAUGUAUCAUAUAACACAAUCGAGCAAUCGAGCAUCUUAAACAGCACGCAACCCCAACCUCAAACAGCCACGUCACCGAUCCCUGUCCGACAUAUAGCUUCGACGACUGCCCAACCCAAACCAAAGUCUACAAGUGUUGGGCUGCACUUGGCCAAAGGAGCAGGUAGUCAAGUUGUAGAUGAUGGAAGGACAUUGCCGUGGUGCUGGUGGUUAUUUGUUGGGUUUGUGUUACUGUGUGUGUUGUCUGCUCUGACUUCCUGUUUCCUGUUCAUCUGGCUCCUGAAAAGUUACCUGGUGCUUCAAGGCAGACUCAAGCGCUACACCCCGAUCUACUCGGACAGCGACGGGGUAACCUUGCGUGCGUACAAACGUAUCGAAAACACGGCGUCGCCAGGAGAGGAGAACGAGGAAAGCGUGACGUUUUUGUCCCUUGAACAGAUCAAAGAUGUUCAGGCCGUGUUUCGUAGUGUUCUGUUCAUCUCGAAAGGAAAUGACGAGGGACCGAAGGAUGCGCAGAUAGAGACUAAAGGAAGAGAUGCUUUGACCACAGUAUCCGCACAAGAGAGAGCUGAAGGCAGAGAGGAUGAAGAGCUUGUGUUCAGGAAAAGUCUGUUCAGAGAGAUUAGUCAAAAAGAGGAGAGUAACAAAUGGACAGAAGAAGAGGAAUGCUGGUACAGGACCAGAGAGAGAACCUCUCGAUACCGACUCGUCCUGAGAGAAACCACAGGAAGUGAAAGAAACAUGGAGUGGGUGGUGGGGGAAUGGGAGAUGGGAGAAAGGGGCGUGGUCAAUGAGAGAUCCUGUCCUCUGAUUGGACAGGUGGAUGGCACAUUGCCUUUGUCAUCUUCUAUCGAGUAAAUUGCUCUGGUAUAUAUAUAUAUAUAUAUAUAUAUAAGUAAUAAUUGACGACGGGCCGUUGAAUUACAAGAAAAUAAUGCACACCCAAGGUGGUUAUCCGGCCGUCAUUAUUUUCAAAUCAAUUAUUCUGCUUAUUCCAUGGUUACAAAAAAACAUUGCUCUGGUGUCUAUUUUUAAGACAUUUAAAAUGUUAGGUGUGUGGUUAUUAAAAAAUAAUCAACACCCAAGCAACAUUUCUCAGAACAAAGCAUUCAACCUAAAGUAUAAAUACCAAUAAUACUGUCUGUUCUAUUCUAGUCAUUCAUAAUUCUCAUAUUUUCUGUGGAUUCUAUUGAAACAAUGUAACAUUGUAAAAAGUGUUUAUAUAAAUAAAAAACCUUUGGGAAUAUAAAUGAGGCUUUAACAGGUGCUGGUUUAAAGCUAAUAAACACAAAUGAUUGAUUGUUUCAGGUCUGUUGUGAAUGUUAACCCACAUUAACUCUUCAUCAUUAAAUCUAAACACCACCAGAUAUAACGCUCAUAUUAUUACAAUGAUAAUAACAAUCCAUAUUGUGAGUGAAAAAUAUUUUUAUCCAUUGUGUCAGUCACACAAAUUAAUAUCCAAAUAGUUUAUCCAUAAAAGUAACCAAACUUUACAAGCUUUGUAUUUUUUGACAGGCCUGAAGUUAAAGUUUUUUUUAAGGUUAAGCAAUCUUUCAAAAAAAAAAAUUUUUUUUCAUGCUCAUCAUCUUGCCGUUCUUCAGAGGUCCUGUGCUAUCUGAAGGUUUGCUCAAAUUCAUCCAGGACUACAUAAGUCAUUCUCAAUUCCAUUCUUCAUUUCUAUGUUACAGUUCUUAAUAAAUGAAUAAAGGUUUA